CCUCCGGAUCCGGGCGGGGUCGCAGCGAGGAGCCUCUCUCGCCUGGGAGUGGGCCCGUGAGCUCUUCCCAUUAGCACCGCAGGCGGGAAUGGCUGCAGGAGUGUUUCUCGGCACCCUAAUGCCUGCCACUAAAGACACGAAGCACCCCACGGCUCCAAGGGCAGGCUGCCGGCCGUACUCGCGAGCCCAGCCGUGUUGGAGGCGCCGGCUCCUCCCCUUGCGGCCGCCGCGCCCCCGCGGCCGGAAGUCGAGAGGACUGAGGCGGAAGGGGCGGGCCCGGAAGCCGCUUCCCGCGACGGCGCCACGUCUGAGGCGGCGGCUGCCGGAGUUGUGCGCGAUGGCGGAGUGGGCUCGGGCUCAGAGCCCUGGCGCUGUGGAGGAGAUCCUAGACCGGGAGAACAAGCGGAUGGCUGACAGCCUGGCCUCCAAGGUCACCAGGCUCAAGUCGCUGGCCCUGGACAUUGAUAGGGACGCGGAAGACCAGAACUGUUACCUGGAUGGCAUGGACUCGGAUUUCACGAGUAUGACAGGCCUACUCACGGGGAGUGUGAAGCGCUUUUCCACAAUGGCGCGGUCUGGGCGAGACAACCGGAAGCUUCUGUGUGGUAUGGCCGUGGGCCUGAUCGUGGCCUUCUUCAUCCUCUCCUACCUCCUGUCAAGGGCAAGGACGUGAGCCAGUGGGAGCUGGCUUCUACAGGUGCCUCAGGCAACCAGGGUCUUCCUUUGCCUGGCGUCCUGGGCGCCAGAGGACUUACCUACAAACUACUCCCUUGUGAUGUUAAUCGUGGCUUAGGAAUCUUCUUCCUGUGUGGCUGGGAGCCUCUGACACCGUGAGCUCGUCAUAGCUGGUCCCAUGUGUGCAAGGGGCCCAUCUCCAUGGGGUAGCCAAGGCCCAGCGUUCUCUGCCAUCUUGGGUGCUAGAAGCCCCUGCAGUCAGGUCCAAGCAGAGCAGCUGGGAAUCCUGGAGACGGCCACCUUGAACAGCAGCCCUUUCGCCAGCCCUCAAGGUUCUGAGCAUCUCAAGGCUCCUCUACCUUGUCCUUAUCUGGAUAAGGCCACAUCUGGUAUUUGAGAUGCCUGGAGGUGAUGCAGGAAGCGGGUGUGGUGGUGAACCUCAGCUCACCACUGUCACCUCCAGCCGGGCGUCCUCAGCCCAGGGAUGGCAGUUGCUCCUGGCUGGAGAUGCUGGGCUUCCGUGGACCAGUGAGAGUCCAGGGUCCGGCCAAGAGGCCUCUUUCUGCUCUUAGGCCCAUGGCUGAAGCCAGACCCUCAGGGAAGGGCAGGGGGUUGUGGGUGGAAGAGGGAACUGCAGACUUUGCUGAAAGCGUGGGGUCCAGAUCCUGGUGAUCUCCCAACCAAGUAUCCAGGAGCAGAAAGUGACGUAUUCUCAGGAUUCAGGAUCUCCCCAGCACCAGAGGGGUGUUUCCAGGAGACCAGAUCUCUAGAAACAAGUCCAUCUGGCAUUUCAGAGUCAGGCAGGGUGUGAGGAGGGGCUUUUGUGGGUAUAGACAGGAGGCUUCUGGGUAAGGACUCUUAAUAGGAACUACAGGUCACUUUUGGAGGGUCAAGGGGCAGGUUCCACCAAGCCCGGCCCUUCUACCUGCAGUGUCUGCCCACCUCUCCUUGGGCCCUCUGAUGCCCACUUGGUCAGUUCGCUGCUCACAUGAACUGAACCACAGGCCCAGCCGAACCACUGGCUUCUUACCCCACUGUGAGACCCCAGUACCCUUGUCUUCACAGAAAGCACUUGUAAUAAAUGAGUCAUUAGCUCUGUGUCCUUACCUGUCCUUGUUCUGAUCUUCUGCCUUCCUAGUCACGCCCCCCCACCCCCCUACUCCUUGAGGACUAAUGGCUCACUGUCCACCUACCUGCACAGCGUGGAGCCCUUCAGCUCCUGCCACCCCACCUUGCUCUGGUCUCUGGCCCUGGGCACCUCGCCUCUGGCGGUGCUGCUCCUGCGCCUCCUCCUCUCCCUCAUUCUCCACUCAGCAGGCCUGGCCUCUCUCCUCACACGCUUCCCGCAUGCCCUUCUCUCUUCCACUGUAUCUGGCUGGGUCACUCAGCCUCCUGGAGGGGUCUGCUCUGAGUGCUCUGCUCUGACUGUCCCCGUUCCUCCAGUGUGUGCUUCUUUCUUACCCAGUGAGAUUGGCUUACUUGCCUCCAUGUCUCUAGGGCUUGGGUGUUUCCCUGUCGUCCUUGACGGUCCUUCAUGAGCCCGUGUGGUUUUGCCUUGACCCCCAUCAUCCUGUGUACCAUGGCAUUGGCUUCAUCCUCUGCUCAUUUCACAUUGAACCAAGCUCAAUAGUUGCUGUCCUUGUAGUGUCUCCAUCUGGUUGCUGCAGGCACUGUAGAUACACCCAAACCUGAAAAUGUGGCCCAGCCAUGGCAACCACUCCUGCUGUCACAUCCCGCCCCCACACCACCUCCAUGCUCUUACAUGCUGUGCAGACCAGGAAUUUAGAGUUUUGUGUUUCAGGGUAGCCUUCUCAGGAGUGCUUUGCUGUCUCUGAGACCUCUGGUUGACGUCUCUGGUUGUUCUCUCCUCAGGUCUCCAUCUCUGCCUCCCCACGUCUCUAUUACCAUGGCUCUUUGCAGCCCUUCCAGCUAUUUAGGUCUGGGUUUUAGGUUCUCUCUGGUUUCCCUUUUUGCUUCUUAUUGUGUUAGAUGAAUUCCUGAAGGGGGCGUGGCAACUCUGCAGCCGCUGUGUCAGCAGGGUUUCCUGUGGGGCCUUCACCCUCCUGCUCAGCCCUGUACACUGUGCACCUAAUUCUGUGGAUAAGUGGGGUUUGCUGACGUUGAUCCUGGAGACCAUAAAACAGAGAAGGACUUGGGGCCCCCUCUGUGCCAGAUGAGGACAAACUGCCAGGCUCUAUCCCAUAAGUCAAGGACAAGGCAUUUAGCAAUAAAACUUUGGAAUAAACAGCUUCAUGAUGAACUAAA